AUGGCCACUCUUAAUAAGCUACCCUUACCUGGUUUAAAACCCCUUUGGUACUUAGUCACUGCAUUUUGCUACUUUAAGCUGUGUUUUGCCGUUAAUCGCAAGCACUUAAACUUGUCGACCACUGCCGCCCAUUGGUACCCUGCCGGAGCUACUUGGUAUGGCAGCCCUGACGGUGCGGGAAGUGACGGCGGGUCUUGUGGGUAUGGAAAUUUGGUGUCACAGCCUCCAUUCUCUUCUAUGGUUACUGGGAUAGGCCCUUCUCUGUACAAAUCAGGCAAGGAAUGCGGAGCUUGUUAUCAGGUAAAAUGUACCAAACAUGCAUCUUGUUCCGGCAGACCAGUGAGGGUGGUCAUCACGGACUUUUGCCCCGGAGGACCUUGUGCAUCGGAGGCGGCACAUUUCGACCUGAGUGGAACUGCGUUUGGUGCCAUGGCAAGUCCUGGCCAACAAGAGAAACUACGCGAUGCCGGAGUGUUACAAGUUCAGUUUGCACGUGUGGCAUGUGACUAUUCAGGAAAAACCAUUGCAUUCCACGUAGACCAGGGCUCAAACCCAAACUAUUUUGCUGCUGUGAUUGAAUUUGAGGAGGGAGAUGGUGAUCUUGCUGGUGUUGAGUUGAAGGAGGCUUCCUCAUCGGACGGGGGUGAUGAAUGGCGUGCCAUGCAACAAUCAUGGGGUGCAGUGUGGAAACUUGAUGCAGGCUCAGAACUGCAUCCUCCAUUGUCAAUAAGGUUGACAUCUCAGUAUUCAGCCCAAACUUUGCUGGCCAAAGAUGUAAUUCCAGUUGGGUGGAAAGCUGGUGCCACCUAUAGAUCCUUGGUCAAUUAUCUAUGA